AUGAUGAAUCCAAAUCGUGUUGCUGCUGGAACACGUAAAUCAGGAUCAGCCUCGAAGCGACUCAGUGAACCUCAUGGAAUUUUUGUGGAUGUGAAUUUAGAUUUAUAUGUGGCAGAUUGUGCAAAUCAACGUGUUCAGUUGUUCCGAUUGGGAGAAUCAAAUGGUAUUACAGUAGCUGGAAGUAAAUCAGUAAAUCCAACCAUUACACUUCGUCGUCCAAGUGGAAUUGUAUUAGAUGCUGACAAAUAUUUAUUCAUUGUAGAUCAGAAUAAUAAUCGAAUUGUUGGUUCAAGUUUGAAUGGUUUUCGAUGUUUAGUUGGAUGUUAUGGAGUGGAUUCACAAUCCAACCAAUUGUCUAGCCCAUAUAGUUUGAGCUUUGAUCAUUCAGGAAACAUGUUUGUUUUUGAUCGAUGGAAUGCUCGUAUUCAAAAAAUUUUAUGGAUAAAAGAUUCUUUUACUCCUUCAUUCAAUCAACCAAGGUUUUGUUCAACAGCCACUUGGAAUUCUAAUGGAAUUACUUUUGCUAAUCGGUCGAUUGUUGGUCAAGAGCCUGGCGCCAUUUUUGUGAACACAAAUAAUACAAUCUAUGUCGUUAAUCAAGAAAAUAACACAAUUGUAAUGUGGCAAGAAGAGAAUGUCAAUCCAACAAAAAUCAUUCACGGUAAUUUUACAGAACCCCAGUCUCUCUUCGUGACAUCAAAUGGUGAUAUUUAUAUUGAUGAUGGUGAGAAAAAUAGUCGAGUGCAGAAAUGGGUAGCAGAAACAAAUACCUUUGUCACGGUGAUGAAUGUCAACUCAUCGUGUUGGGGUUUGUUUGUCGAUAUCUAUGAUACUCUUUAUUGUUCAAUGCCUGAUCAUGAUCGGGUAGUGAAAAGAUCGUUGAAUGAUCCUGUGAUGAAUUCAAACCGUGUUGCUGCUGGAACAGGUAUUAACGGAUAUGAUUGGACUAGACUUGAUAGUCCUCGUGGAAUUUUUGUCGAUGUGAAUUUAGAUUUAUAUGUGGCAGAUUGUUACAAUAAUCGUGUUCAGUUAUUUCAGCCGGGAAGAUCAUAUGGUAUCACAGUGGCUGGAGGUACAUCACCAAAUCCAACCAUUACACUUCGUUGUCCAAGUGGAAUUGUAUUAGAUGCUGGGAAAUAUUUAUUCAUUGCAGAUCAGAAUAAUUAUCGAAUUGUUCGUUCAAGUUUGAAUGGUUUUCGAUGUUUAGUUGGAUGUUAUGGAGAGGGUUUACAAUCCAAUCAAUUGAAUCGUCCAUUUAGUUUGAGUCUCGAUCGUUCUGGGAAUAUGUUUGUUACUGAUACAUCAAAUCAUCGAAUUCAAAAAUUUCAAUAUUUCGAAGAAUCAUGUGGUAAGUUUAGAAUGAUCGAAUGA